AUGAACUCAACCACCAUUCCAUGGCGGCAUGUGGUGGCCAGAGGGCGUCAGCCUCCAAACGGUAGUAGUGAGGCAGCCAUCGGGAUGGAAAUGAAGAGGGAAGAAGGUGGUUCGAACCCACUAAGUACAGCAACAGCACCAACGAAGAGACGACGGUUCACUGACCUCAUCGGUAGCUCCGUCAUCAACAGCGACGGCACAACAACAGCUGGUGGUAAGGACCGGACUGCAGGAGGAUCGUCCGUUAGCCCCUUGUGGUCUUCAUUUCCUCUGGUUAUAGAGGAUUUCAUCGAUGGUCUUGCUUGA